CUCUCUCUCUCUCUCUCUCAUACUCACACAUACAAACUUUAUUGAUUUAUGUAAAAAUCUAAUAUAAGAACACGUAUAGUAUCCACACAUCUGUAUUUUCAUAGCUAUCAAAUGGAACAUACAUGUACAAUUAACAAAAAUGUACAAUUAAUGCUAACGGACAUUAAACAGUCAAUGCUUUACAACAAUUUAAUUCAUGCUGUGUGUAUUCAUCGUCGAGCUAUGGAUUCAGCCAAUAUUCUAACGAACAGUUUUUCGAUGUUCUAUAUCGUGUUAUUAGUAUGUUCUGUGGCUUUGAUGAGUCUCAGUUUCUGCAAUGUAAUUAAUGCAUUAACAUCCUGGGAAAAAUUGGAAAUAUUUCUAAGCAGUGCAGUGAUAUUUGGACUAAUGUAUUGUAUUUUUGUGGGAAAUUAUGUUGGUCAGAACAUUAUAGAUAGCAGCACUGCCAUUUCUCAAGCGACGUAAGUAAACACAUUGUCCGAACUGUAUAAUAUUGUAAAUAUAUCUACCAUA